AAAAUCAAUUUUAAAAACUCGAUAAUGCAAUAUUUACCAAAAAUGUCUAUAUAAAAGUCACCUAACACGUUUACCCCACAAGUCGUAUUCAAGACAAUUGACAAGAUGUUCAGCAAGACACUGAAACGUUUUUUUGCUGCUUUCCUCCUCCUUCAGGUUUGCAAAGCCGAUCUUGCCGACGAUGCAGAAGCAGCACUGAACGUUUUACGACAGGCAACAAGCGACAAUCUAAACGGGGGCUUUCUGGAACACAUCAAAAUGUCCGUGGAAGUGGACACCGUUUCGCUAGCGACGAAAGGAGACGCCUUGAACAAUCACCAAAGUCCAAAAGUUGUUAACGACAUUGUAGACUGCGUCAACAAACAAGCAGAAGAAGCUGUCAAUCUCAUUUACAGCAAAAGCUCUGGCUUGACCGAUCGAGUCCUCAAAACAAUUUACGAUGAAGAAAAAGAAAUCGUUUUUUGUGGUCGCGCAGACGACGCUUGUCUCACUCGCGUCAUUUCGGACAUCAAGCAGAAAACGGAAGCUGUACCGACUGUCGUCCACGAAGAAAUUGAAAUUGACCGGAAGGCCGUCGAGGAAGAAGUGGUUGCGAUUAAAGCGUGCGCUGACAAAGUUUAAUUGCCUUUCACAAGGUUUUGUAGUCAUUUAUUAGAUUUUGUUACAAAUAAACACAAGGUUUUUAAUUAA